UUGUGGGAGCCCCAGCCCCAAUGGCUGUCCCUACUUUGUCCCAAUCUCUCAGGCAGUCGAGAGUUACCCGCGUCCAUGGUGCCGGCGGAUUUAGCCCCCUCCGAUCGCAGGCAACGGUUGUUCUCUGUGCUUGGAUUUCUCUUCCCUUUAACUUGACGGAAGAAAUGUCUGUUUUCUCUCUCUAAAAUUAAUGUUGCGAGAUUGUUAGUCUCGCAAUCGUCGAAUAUGGAAACAAAUCCGUGGCCCUUCACUGAAAUUUUGCAGCGUUUAUUUGAAGAGAAAGAAUUCCCUGGAAUGUGGCAACUCAUCUCAAACCAUCGAAACUGGCAACUUGAUUUCCGCCGAGAAAUAGGGUGACAGAGGAUGGAUAAUGGAUUUGCUCUAUAAAGCUGAAAGCGAGCAUAAUCCCUACCCUCUAUCGAUCUCAAAUUCUUAACCCUAAUCUUUUGUUUUACUGGGCGUGGCAUCUUCUUCGCUCGAAUCACUGCCAGUUUAAUCAUCUGCAGAGGGAAAUGAGUGGCAGUAGAACUGCUUAUAAUGAGGGAAAUGCACGGGUGAAACCAUAUAGCAGCAGCAGCGGCAGCAUGCAGUUGGCAGGAGGAAAAGGAAAGCAAGCUGCCCAAGUGCAUGAAUGGACUACGAGGACCAAGCACGAGGACAAGCAGAGCGGUGCUUAUGAACGCUGCACUGCGAAGGAGAAGGUCUCAACCUGGGACACGUAUGUGGAGCGUGGGAGUGGUCGAGUCGGGGUGAAGGAUGAGUGCAAGAGGAGCUCUACAAUCAAGAUCGGUGACAGAAAUGGCUAUACUGAGUAUUGCAAGGAGGAGACCGUUCGAAAAGUAGACUUCGGAGGCUACAAUAAAACCCAGCACUCAACUUAUGAUCAUAGCUACAACAGCAACAACCGGUUGACUUACGAUUCCGACGAUGACUUAAUGUAGUUGAGAUCGGUUAAUGUUUUGCUCCCUUUCUUUCAGCUAGGUGCAUUGUUUUGGGGUUUGCUACUUUUAUUUUAGUUUCUUGAAUUUGCUCUCUAAUUCUCCUGGGUAGGGGUUUUCUUUGGUUCAAUAAGUACUCUUCUGUUAGCUGAGAGUUGCUGGAUUUUGAUGGCCGAACAUGUCAAUGUGAAACUUAAUUUUUUGUACUCCCAAACGGAAGGUAAAAUGAAAUCAUAGAUUGUUAUAAAA